GUGUGUUUUCUUGCUCUGAAGCUAAUUGGCUGAAUCUUCCAUCUUGUGAUUGCAGAAGUACAGGCUCUACCUGAAAAGGCUCGGUACUGUGGCAAACCAGCAAACUCACAUGGCCACCGUUUUAGGAGGUAGAAACUCCUAUAUUAAUAUGAGUUCAUUGGAUGGUUUUAGUAAUUUUCAUGCACUGAGGGGAUCUGGACAGCUACCAACUCUUGCAUCUUUUCAACCAAAUGGUUUACCUGGUAAAAUGAAUAGUUCACCUGCAUUUGGAAUGCAUGGGUUGGUACCUUCUCAGAAUGUUCAACUUGGCUGCACCCAGAACAACAGAAGCUAUCCUAUUAAUGAUCUCAGGAAGCUUCAGGGCAUUAGUCUACUUGGAAACCAUCAAGGAAAUUCACUUCAGGGGAUGCCAACUUCUAUGGGACCAGAUCAGCUGCAACAACCCAAGGUAGUGCAGGAAGCAAACAAUAUAUUGCCUUCUGGUUUAUCUGGCAGUGGACUGGCCAAUGGUGUUUUCAGCAGCACUUUUGCUAAUAUGACAAACAAUGCUUUGUCAAUACAAGCAAAUAAGGAGCAGACACACGCUGGGGGAUCGGGCAAUUAUUCUUCUGUUAGAAUGCCUUCCUCUAGCUCAGACCCUUUUGAGUUUUGUUUUGGGGACUCUUCUUACUUUCCUGAUCUUGUUAGAUGUGAUGACACUUCUUAA